UUAAGGUACGGGUGGUUGGCGGAGGUCCCUCAGUGGCCGAGACUGGACGGGCCUACGGCGCCGAGGACUGAGCCGCCGCUAUGGCCCUGCUCCGAGGUGUUUUUAUUGUUGCUGCUAAGCGAACGCCCUUUGGAGCUUUUGGAGGUCUUCUAAAAGACUUCACUGCUACCGACUUGAAUGAAUUUGCUGCCAAGGCUGCCUUGUCUGCUGGCAAAGUCUCACCGGAAAUGGUUGACAGUGUCAUUGUAGGCAAUGUCAUACAGUCUGCUUCAGAUGCUAUAUACUUGGCAAGGCAUGUUGGUUUGCGUGUGGGAAUCCCUAAAGAGACCCCGUCUCUCACUGUUAAUAGGCUCUGUGGCUCUGGUUUCCAGUCCAUUGUGAAUGGAUGUCAGGAAAUUUGUGCUAAAGAUGCUGAAGUUGUCUUGUGUGGAGGAGCUGAAAACAUGAGCCAAUCUCCCUACUGUGUCAGAAACAUACGUUUUGGAACCAAGUUAGGAUCAGAUAUCAAGUUGGAAGAUUCUUUGUGGGCAGGAUUAACAGAUGAACAUGUCCAACUCUCCAUGGCACUUACUGCAGAGAAUCUUGCUAUACAACAUAAAAUAAGCAGAGAAGAUUGUGACAAAUAUGCCUUGCAGUCACAGCAGAGGUGGAAAGCUGCUAAUGAUGCUGGCUACUUUAAUGAAGAAAUGGUACCAAUUGAAGUGAAGACAAGGAAAGGAAAACAAACAAUGCAAGUAGAUGAGCACCCUCGGCCCCAAACCACCCUGGAACAGUUACAUCAGCUUCCUCCAGUGUUCAAGAAAGGUGGAACCGUCACCGCAGGGAAUGCAUCGGGGAUAUCUGAUGGUGCUGGAGCUGUUAUCAUAGCUAGUGAAGACGCUGUUAAAAAACAUAACCUCACACCACUGGCAAGAAUUGUGGGCUACUUUGUAUCUGGAUGUGAUCCCUCUAUCAUGGGUAUUGGUCCUGUCCCUGCUAUCAAUGGGGCACUGAAGAAAACAGGACUGACUCUUAAGGACAUGGAUUUGGUAGAGGUAAAUGAAGCUUUUGCUCCCCAGUACUUGGCUGUUCAGAAGAGUAUGGAUCUUGACCCAAGUAAAACCAAUGUGAAUGGAGGAGCCAUUGCUUUGGGUCACCCAUUGGGAGGAUCUGGAUCAAGAAUUACCACCCACCUGGUUUAUGAAUUAAGGCGUCGAGGUGGAAAAUACGCUGUUGGCUCAGCUUGCAUUGGUGGUGGCCAAGGUAUUGCAGUCAUCAUUCAGAACACAGCCUGAAGAGACCAAGGACCACUGUGAUCCACUCUGACUUUACUUGGUCAGGUCACAGUAAAACAGGUGAACUUCAGAGCAGCUGCCGCAACUGGCCAUGAACUGCCACUGAAAUAGCGAUUAAGUUUGAUCAAGCCAUGGUAAGGCAAAAAUGGAUUUAUCAUGAAUAAGAGCCCGUGCCAGAAGUAGGUUCUUUCAGAUUUGUACCAAAUAUAAUGUAUCUCUGAACAAAAAUUCAUAGAAUGCCUUAAAAGAAAUUGUAUCCUUGCCAAAUAACCACCACUUAUACCUUAGGUAAUAUAAUUACAAGGAAGUGAAAUAAACGUUGCCUUAACUUUG